AUAUUCCUAACUAAGACUUAGUGCUUAUCUCAAUGCAUGAACUCGGCCAUUCCACCACCGGGGAACCCCAUAGGGCAACACCAAAACGGUUAGUGUAAUGGGCCAAUAUAUAGUCACAUGACCACGCGUCACGCUCCGAUAUGGAUAUCCUCGCGAUCAUCAGUGCGAACUGAUAAUCCCACCGAUCAGUCAAUAACAUCCACUCCACAUUUUCUCUCCACCUAAUCAUUCGAUAUAAUCUCCGUUCCUCCCACAAACAACAACCCAUAACCUCAGUUUCCUCCAAACGAACCAAAAGAUAAAAGAAAAAGAAAAGAAAAUGUCACUCCAAACACCCCGCGUCCUCCCCGCCCAUCUCCACGCCUUCCACCCCUCCAACGCCAACCCCCACGUCACAAACACCGUCCGUCUACUGGGCACAGUAACAGCUCUCCGCGGCGAUACGGCGACCAUCACAUGCGGAGAUAACGGAGACGUGGCGCUGAUCCUGAAGCCCGAUUCGCAUCUGCAGAUGGGGAAGUUGGUCGAGAUUGUUGGGAAGGUGACUGAUGUUGAGGGGCAGGGUCUUGGUGUGAGGGUGUUGGGUAGUUUUGAUUGGGGGAAUCCCUCUGAUUGCGAUUAUAAGAUAUAUGAGAAUGUUGUGAAUGCGACACAUCGGUUUAAGUCGCUUUUUUAUGAGGCGGCUGAGUGAUUGAUUGUUUUUGUCUUUUUUCUCUUGUUUUUUGAUACCAGGGUGCAUAUGUUUGGGAUUUUUCUCUAGACAUAGGGGUGACAUAUAAGCAUGCUGGCGAUGCAGUAAAUUAGUGGCAUUAAGAAAACGUCGAAUAUUGAUUAUGCUAUUAUGCUUUUGCAUUAUGGCGAUUUUCGUUCGGCCUCGUAUAGUGCAGCUAAGACAAUUAUCCAUUAGGGAUGUGUAAGGUCCGUUAGACUAAUACUUAGUCGGUGGAUUCUGGCUACAUCUACUUCAGGAACAGACAAGAUUGCUUCUUUCUUCGAUUUAUUUUGU